AUGAGGUUAUCCGCUGUUGCCUGCGGGCUUUUUGCCUGCUUCGUUUCUCAGGUUGCCGCCACGGCAUUGACCUACAAGAUCCAUGCCAACGAGAAGGCGUGCUUCUACGCCAAGACCCAGAAGGAGAACGAGAAGGUGGCCUUCUACUUCGCCGUCCAAUCCGGUGGUUCUUUUGAUAUCGACUACGUUGUGACGGGACCGGGCAACAAGGUCAUUCUCGAUGGAUCCAAGGAGCGUCAGGGCGACUUUGUCUUCACUGCCCAGCAGAUCGGCGACUAUGAGUUCUGCUUCAACAACGAGAUGAGUACAUUUGCCGAGAAGUUUGUCGACUUCGAGAUCGCCGUCGAGAACGAGGUUCGCGCUCAGCUCCCCUCCAAGCAGGGUGCCUCUCAGGAACAGCACACUACUCUCGAGGAGACCAUCUUCAAGCUUUCUGGCCAACUUUCGACCAUUUCCAGGGGCCAAAAGUACUUCCGCACCAGAGAGAACCGAAACUUCAGCACCGUCCGCAGCACCGAGUCGCGCAUCAUCAACUUCAGCAUGAUCCAGUGCGCAUUGAUUGUGUUGAUGGGAGCUCUGCAGGUCUUCAUUGUGCGCUUCUUCUUCCAGGGCGCUCGUAAGGGAUACGUAUGA